AUGGAGGUGGGCACGUGGGCGGUGGUGGUGGCGGUCGCCGCCGCGUACAUGGCGUGGUUCUGGCGGCUGUCGCGGGGGCUCAGCGGGCCGCGGGUGUGGCCGGUGCUCGGCAGCCUGCCGGGGCUGGUGCAGCACGCCGAGGACAUGCACGAGUGGAUCGUGGGCAACCUGCGCCGCUCGGGCGGCACCUACCAGACGUGCAUCUUCGCGGUGCCCGGGGUGGCGCGCCGCGGCGGGCUGGUCACCGUCACGUGCGACCCGCGGAACCUGGAGCACGUCCUCAAGGCGCGCUUCGACAACUACCCCAAGGGCCCCUUCUGGCACGCCGUCUUCCGGGACCUGCUGGGCGACGGCAUCUUCAACUCCGACGGGGAGACGUGGGUGGCGCAGCGCAAGACGGCCGCGCUCGAGUUCACCACGCGCACGCUCCGCACCGCCAUGUCCCGCUGGGUGUCGCGCUCCAUCCACCUCCGGCUGCUGCCCAUCCUGGACGAGGCGGCCGCCGAGGGGACGCACGUCGACCUCCAGGACCUGCUCCUCCGCCUCACCUUCGACAACAUCUGCGGCCUCGCGUUCGGCAAGGACCCCGAGACGCUGGCGCCGGGCCUGCCGGAGAACGCCUUCGCCACGGCGUUCGACCGCGCCACGGAGGCGACGCUCAACCGGUUCAUUUUCCCGGAGUGCCUGUGGCGGUGCAAGAAGUGGCUGGGCCUCGGCAUGGAGACCACGCUGGCCCGCAGCGUCGCGCACGUGGACCAGUACCUCGCCGCCGUCAUCAAGGCGCGCAAGCUCGAGCUCGCGGGCAACGGCAAGUGCGACACCACGAUGGUGGCGCACGACGACCUGCUGUCCCGGUUCAUGCGCAAGGGCUCCUACUCGGACGAGUCGCUGCAGCACGUGGCGCUCAACUUCAUCCUCGCCGGCCGCGACACCUCCUCCGUGGCGCUCUCCUGGUUCUUCUGGCUCGUGUCCACGCACCCCGACGUGGAGCGCAUGAUCGUGCGCGAGCUGUGCGCCGCGCUCGCCGUGUCUCGCGGCUCCCACGACCCGGCAUUGUGGCUGGCGUCGCCGUUCACCUUCGAGGAGCUGGACCGCCUGGUCUACCUCAAGGCGGCGCUCUCGGAGACCCUGCGCCUGUACCCGUCCGUCCCCGAGGACUCCAAGCACGUGGUGGCCGACGACUACCUCCCCGACGGCACGUUCGUGCCGGCGGGGUCGUCGGUGACCUACUCCAUCUACUCGGCCGGGCGCAUGAAGACGGUGUGGGGGGAGGACUGCCUCGAGUUCCGCCCCGAGCGGUGGCUGUCCGCCGACGGCACUCGCUUCGAGCCGCACGACUCGUACCGGUUCGUGGCGUUCAACGCCGGGCCGCGGAUCUGCCUCGGCAAGGACCUUGCGUACCUGCAGAUGAAGAACAUCGCCGGAAGCGUGCUCCUGCGCCACCGCCUGGCCGUGGCGCAGGGCCACCGCGUGGAGCAGAAGAUGUCGCUGACGCUGUUCAUGAAGCACGGGCUCCGGAUGGAGGUGCACCCGCGCGACCUGGCCCCGGUCAUCGACGAGUUCCGUGGCGCGGCAGCAAGGCCGGCCACGGUGCCCUGA